AUGAAGUUCGCUAUCCUAGCUUUCACAAUUUUGGUAACCCAGGCUGUCGCUCAAGACUAUAAUGUCCAAUCUAACGGCUUCCGUCUCAUCCUCAAAUCAUUGACUAAUGAUACCCUCAAUGACCACGCACUCGGUGCUUGUCAUCAAGGCGCAGCCCAAGAAGGCCUAUGUCUAAUGAAUGACACGCUUGCCACCCCAGCACGCCCCUACACCACUUUCUAUCACAACACCACCUCCCACAACCACGGCAACCUCAAGAACGCGAAUGACACCGCAGGUGUCCUCAACUGGUCCUUGAAUUACAAUAACGGUGCCGGCAGUGUAUUCUCUGCAAUGGCCCUCCACUACUCCCAAACACCUUGCCUUAUGGACAUGAUUUUUGCACCCCACAACUCGAGUUACCAAAUGGUGUACUUUGCAGAGGGCAGCAGUUCCAUGUACAUUGCCGUCGGUCUCAAUGAUACUGGCAGCACUCCUGCUUCCCCAUACCACCAAUCAAGGUCGCUGGUGUGGAACAUGGAUUUCAUCAUGCUGCCACAGGAUCCGACUUGUUCAUGGGUCGGCGUCCAAAGAGUUUGGGUUUGA